CACAUUAGCAAUUGUGGUUAUGAUUGAUGCCUUUCACUAUGUUGUUGCAUAUAGAAACCCAAGCCAAUCAUUAACACAAACACUGAAUAGAAAAAAAAAUUGAUUAAGUCGUUUUAUUGAAGUUCAAUAAAGGUAGUCCAUUUGUGAAAUAUAUUAUACAUAGCCUUGGUUCUAUGUUUGUAUUAAAGACAGUCCAGUCAAAAAAUGGGAAAUUUCGUGACUAAAGAAAUGUGCAGUCAGAAAUUGGGUUACUGUUUUAUUUUCAGCCUGAGAACACCUGUUGUUGUCAUUGGACCGCUUCACUGAACACUCAGUAGUGAACACUGACUCAGGACAGUGGGUGGGUUAGCUAUAGCUCCUCUCUGUCAGUCAUGAUCAGUCAACGGGAAGAAAGCGACGUCUCCGCGGGAAAUCCGUGCGGAACUCCCACCGUGAAGGAGUUGGAGAAAGUUUUGUAUGGAGGAAAACGAUUUGGCAAUGACACGGACGAGGUUUGGCCCAACUUGUUCAUUGGAAAUAUGUCAGUCGCCAAUGAUCGUUAUAGUCUGUGGAAACUGGGCAUCACGCACGUCCUUAACGCUGCGCACGGGAAGGCGCACUGCCAGGGCAGCGCUCGGUUCUAUGGAUCCACCGUGGACUACCUCGGCGUGCCCGCGGAUGACGCUCCCUCUUUUAACCUUUCCCGCUAUUUCUCCACCUGCUCGGACUACAUUCAGAAGGCACUUGACACGCCUGGUGCUAGGGUUAUUGUGCACUGUGCUGUGGGGGUGAGCAGGUCUGCCUCGCUGGUCCUGGCCUACCUGAUGAUCUGCCACCAUUACCCGCUGCUGGACGCCAUCCAUAAGGUCAAAGAACGACGCUGGAUUUUCCCAAACAGAGGAUUCCUCAAACAGCUACGUGCUUUGGACAUAACGUUAAAAAACAGAGCAAAGAAUGAACAAGCUUGACCAGGGCC